AUGGGCUUGGGUGCCCAGAUACAGCAGUUCUCUUUCUCAACCGGUGGGCAGCCACCGCACUUCCCCUUCCCUAGUGCAGUCCAGGUCGACGGCGAGGAGGAAUUGUCUGCAUUGAUGCAAGGAAAUGGGCAAGGUGCCAUGGAUUCAGGGGGAUAUUACACUGACCUGAUUACAAAUGGCUUUGGUCUUGCUAAUCAGUCUGAAAUUCCACCUCCUGCUCAGGAAGUAGAAGCACAAGAUGAGGUUCAAGCAACAGGGAAAGGAAAUCCGAAAAGAACAAAAAAUUUCACAAUUGAUGAGGAUGAACAACUUGUCAAAUCGUGGCUAAACGUGAGCUUGGAUCCAGUGAAAGGUGUGGACCAAUCACGUACCACAUAUUGGAAACGAAUACAUGCACAUUUCCAUGCCCACAAGGAUUUCUCAUCUGAUCGCUCGCAAGGCUCUCUGAUGAACCGUUGGUCUGGUAUGCAGCAUGAUGUGAACCUCUUUGCGGGUUGUCUUUCCAAGAUUGAAGGCAGAAAUCAAAGUGGAGUGACCAUCGAUGACAAGCAAGCAGAUGCAUUGAAAAUGUUUAUUAAAGAAGACAAGCAGCAUAGACAAUUUCCAUACAUGCAUUGCUGGAAAUUAUUAAAAGGCGAAGCUAAGUGGGCAGAUAGGCAAAAGCAGAUGGAAACCCAGAAGCCAAUCAGUAAAAAGCAGAAGGUUUCAGCCAAUUCAAGUCGUACAUCGGCUCCUCCUUUUCUGCCCGCUGCUACUGUUGAUGAGAAUCAACAUUCUAAUAGUGCACUUCAGAGAUCUCCAGGGCAAAAGAAGGAGAAGCAGAAAUUAUGGCAACAUUCCAGCAUCGAAGCGUUGAAUUAUCUUUUGGUAAAAAAGAAAGAAGCUGAUGCAGAGGAGUUGAAGAAAGAGGAGCGGUACAAGAAAGCCUUCACAUUGCAGGAAGAAAGGAUCAGACUGGAGAAAGAAAAACUUGAGUUACAAAGGGAACAAUUUGAGUUCAACAAGAACCUGGAAGAAGAGAGAAUUAUGAAUGUCGACACAAGUCACUUGCGCACUGACCAGCAUAAGUACUAUGAAGUGCUUAAGAAUGCCAUACGUGCUAAGACGCCUAAAUAA